AUGAAGGAGUUAAACAGAGAGAUAGCUCAGUUCGUGGAUACUGGGAUGACCAGCCUGGAUUCUUAUGAUGAAGUCGUAGAGCGAGAAAUCCGCCAAGAAUCAUGGUUAGUACAAGAGAAUAAGGAGCCCUACAGAGCUGAAGAACGAGCAUAUGUUUCAAAUGACCAAGGAAGAUACUCUAAUAACCAGAGCAUACCUUCUACGAGGUUUGCAUCCAGAAGCAAUCGAAGUAUGGGGAAGACCAAUACUCAAGGGAGCUCUAGGUUUUCCAAUGGUGGGAAUAACAAACGAAGAAUGGAUCCGCCAGACCGAAGUUCAAACUUCAAUAAACUAUCAAGGCAUUGCUUUAAUCUUGGUCAGAUGGAAGGGAAAGACCAACCAAAUCCAAUUGGAGCUGCAUUGCGAGUUUACGCACUCACCCAGGGUGAUAAAGGAGCUGGGACUUCUGACAUGGUGUCAAGUCUGCUUCCUAUGGUUAAUAACUCAACAUAUGCAUUGAUGGACACUGGUUCAUCUCAUUCUUUUAUUGCUGCAUCCUUUGUUGAAAAUAUAGAUAGAAAACUAGAGCGUAUGACAAUUAUAUGCAGUAUAUCCUUACUUUCGAGAAAGGACAUAUUGGUACGGAAGGUUACUUUUAAUCCACCUGGGGAAGAACAAUUUGUGUUUCAAGGCACGGCUCCAGAGAAGAAAUUUGCUAUGAUCUCCACUUCGAAGGCAAGGAGACUAUUUGACGAUGGAUGUAUCAGGUACUUGGUGAACGUAAUAGACAAGGAUAGAGAGACUAAGAUAAAACCAACCGAGGUAGCAGUGGUGUACAAAUUUCUGGAAGUGUUUCCUGACCUUCUUUUAAGGACACCCCUAGACCGAGAAGUUGAGUUCGAGAUCAAGUUGAUUCCAGGUACCGCACCUAUUUCAGAGGUACCAUACCGGAUGGCACCGACGGAGCUCAAAGAACUACAAGACUACCUGGAUAAAAGAUUUAUACGGCCAAGUUAUUCUCCAUGGGAAGCCCUGAUCGAUUUAAGAUCCAGUUACCACCAAUUGAAGGUGAACGAAUCGAAUAUUCCCAAUACCGCAUUCUUGGUAAUGUCUCUUGGACUAACUAAUACACCCGUGACAUUCAUGGAACUUAUGCAAAGGGUACUGGGUGAGUAUCUGGACAAAUUAUUGAUAGUAUUUAUAGAUGAUAUACUCGUAUACUUGCGAAACCAGGAAGAACACGCCAAGCACCUGGAACUGAUCUUACAACGAUUACGUGAGAAGAAUUUGUCGCCAAAUUCUCCAAGUGAGAAUUUUGGCUGA